AGCAUCGCAGUCUGCUACCAACCAGUCUAAGAAACCACCAACCAACCAACAUGAAGUGCAUCGCCAUCGUCUCCACCAUCUGCCUGCUGGCCGCUUUCGUUGCCGCCGAUAAGGAGGAUAAGAUGCUCGGCUCGUCCUACGGUGGUGGCUACGGCAAGCCCGCCGCUGCUCCUGCUCCCCAGGCCUACGCUGCCCCGGCUCCCGCUCCCCAGGCCUACGCCGCCCCAGCUGCUCCAUCCUACGGCGCUGCCCCCGUCUCCAUCCCGGCUCCUCCCUGCCCCAAGAACUACCUGUUCAGCUGCCAGCCCAACCUGGCCCCAGUGCCCUGCAGCGCCCCAGCUCCCAGCUACGGAUCCGCCGGUGCCUACUCGCAGUACGCCCCCGUCUACGCCCCCCAGCCCCUCCAGUGGUAAUCCAUAGAUGCCAUUGACCCCAAGGAACAACUACAAUGCAAAAAAAACAAUAAAAAAAAUAUUUAUCUUCAAACGUAA